AAUAAUGGUGAGAAGAAGGAAUGGUGAUAGGGUAACAUGCAAAAGGUCGUUAAAAAAGGUAGCAUUAAAGAGGCCAGCAGCCCUGACAGCAGAUGAACACACAGCGGGGAGAUAGAGAGAGAGAGAAAGAGCGAGAGAGAGAGAGAGGAGGAUAGCAAUUCAUUACAUGUAGCUUCUGCCUGCACAAUGUCACAGCAGCAGGCUUUUGAGCAUGGGGAGGAGGAGGUGAUAAAGGGGAGGGUGGUGGUGGAGGAAUGGAGCCGACCGGAGCUGCAAGCCUUCCACCUCCACUCCCCUCCUCAUCCUUCUUCUGCUGACCAAGACGUGCCCCAGGAAGAAUUGUUGGUGAUAGAGGUGGCGGAAAGAGGUAGCGGUGGUGUUGCAGGGCCUGUCGCUGCUGCUUCUGGUGGUGCUAUGAGCCCAGCUACUACUGUUAGUAGCUCUGCUGCGCCUGGCCUUGAGAUGGAAGCCACUAAUGGCAACAUCAAGGUGGAAGAACCGCCGGUACCACCACCUUCGGCAGCGGCGGCAACAGCACCAGCUGCGGCAGGGAGUGGCAGCCAGGAAGACAAGAAGCCGGCGCCGCCGGCCCCCACGGUGGGCUUCGGCAAACUCUUCCGCUUCGCCGAUGGGCUCGACUGCGUGCUCAUGGCUGUCGGCACCGCCGGGGCCAUCGUCCACGGCUGCUCCCUCCCCAUCUUCCUCCGCUUCUUCGCCGAUCUGGUCAACUCCUUCGGGUCCAACACCGGCGACCCCGACACCAUGGUCCGCGAAGUCGUCAAGUACGCCUUCUACUUUCUUGUGGUCGGGGCGGCGAUCUGGGCGUCCUCCUGGGCCGAGAUAUCUUGUUGGAUGUGGACGGGGGAGCGGCAAUCGACCAAGAUGAGGAUCAAGUACUUGGAGGCCGCGCUGAACCAGGACGUCCGCUACUUCGACACCGAGGUGCGCACCUCCGACGUGGUCUUCGCCAUCAACGCCGACGCGGUCAUGGUCCAGGACGCCAUCAGCGAGAAGCUGGGGAACUUCAUCCACUACAUGGCGACCUUCGUCUCCGGCUUCGUGGUGGGCUUCACCGCCGCGUGGCAGCUGGCUCUCGUCACGCUCGCCGUCGUCCCCCUCAUCGCCGUCAUCGGCGGCAUCCACACCGCCACAUUGGCCAAGCUGUCCUCCAAGAGCCAGGACGCUCUGUCCCAGGCCAGCAACAUCGCGGAGCAGGCGCUGGCGCAGAUCAGAACGGUGCAGUCCUUCGUCGGGGAGUCCAGAGUUCUCCAGGCCUACUCCGCUUCGUUGGGAGUGGCUCAGAAGCUUGGCUACCGGAGCGGAUUCGCCAAGGGCUUGGGACUGGGCGCAACCUACUUCACCGUCUUCUGCUGCUACGCGUUGCUGCUGUGGUACGGAGGACUCCUCGUGCGUCACCACCACACCAACGGCGGGCUCGCCAUCUCCACCAUGUUCGCCGUAAUGAUCGGAGGAUUGGCUCUCGGGCAAUCGGCUCCGAGCAUGGCGGCAUUUGCCAAGGCGAGAGUAGCGGCGGCGAAGAUAUACCGAACGAUCGAGCACAGGCCAAGCAUCGACAGGAAAAACGACACCGGGAUCGUGCUGGGCGCCAUUACAGGGCUUGUGGAGCUCAAGAACGUGGACUUCGCGUACCCAUCCAGACCGGAUGUCCCUGUGCUUCGGGACUUCUCCCUGACUGUUGCUGCAGGGAAGACCAUUGCUUUGGUUGGGAGCAGCGGCUCCGGCAAGAGCACCGUGGUCUCCCUCAUCGAGAGGUUCUACGAUCCCACCGCAGGGCAAAUUUUGCUUGAUGGGCAUGACAUAAAGUCCCUGAAGCUAAGGUGGCUGAGGCAACAGAUAGGGCUUGUGAGCCAGGAGCCUGCCCUCUUUGCAACCACCAUUAAAGAGAAUCUGCUCCUGGGCAGGGAAGAUGCCACACAAGUAGAGAUGGAAGAAGCUGCCAGAGUUGCCAAUGCUCAUUCUUUCAUAGUGAAGCUCCCAGAUGGCUAUGAUUCCCAGGUUGGGGAGAGGGGGCUGCAGCUCUCCGGUGGCCAAAAGCAGCGGAUUGCCAUCGCCAGAGCGAUGUUGAAAAACCCUGCAAUCCUGCUCCUAGAUGAGGCCACAAGCGCGCUGGAUUCGGAGUCCGAGAAACUCGUGCAAGAGGCCCUCGACCGAUUCAUGAUUGGCCGCACGACGCUUGUGAUCGCCCACCGCCUGUCCACCGUGCGCAAGGCCGAUGUCGUCGCGGUUCUUCAGCAGGGGAGCGUCACCGAGAUCGGCACGCACGACGAACUCAUGGGGAAAGGCGAUAAUGGUCUCUACGCGAAGCUGAUUCGCAUGCAGGAGCAGGCACACGAGGCGGCCCUCAUCAAUGCCAGGAAGAGCAGUGCGAGGCCGUCGAGUGCUCGGAACUCGGUCAGCUCCCCGAUCAUUACCCGGAACUCAUCGUAUGGACGAUCGCCCUACUCCCGCCGUCUCUCUGACUUCAGUACAUCGGAAUUCAGCUUCUCGGUUGACCCGAACCACCGCAUAGAGAAGCUUGCGUUCCGAGACCAGGCUAGCUCGUUCCUGCGCCUCGCCAAAAUGAACUCACCGGAGUGGUCUUACGCCCUCAUAGGCUUGAUUGGCUCCAUGGUGUGUGGUUCCAUGAGCGCCUUCUUCGCCUACGUCCUCAGUGCUGUCCUCAGUGCCUACUACGCUCAGGACUACAAGUACAUGCGGCGGGAGAUCGGCAAAUACUGCUACCUCAUGAUCGGCGUUUCCUCUGUUGCUCUCCUCUUCAACACCAUGCAGCAUCUCUUCUGGGACGUGGUCGGGGAGAACUUGACGAAACGUGUUCGGGAGAAGAUGCUCACCUCCAUUCUUCGGAACGAGAUUGCAUGGUUCGACAGGGAGGAGAAUGCUAGUGCUAGGAUUGCCGGCAGGCUUACAUCGGACGCUCACAGUGUGAGGUCCGCGAUCGGAGAUCGUAUAUCAGUCAUCGUGCAGAAUGCGUCGCUCAUGCUCGUCGCCUUCACUGCUGGCUUCGUCCUCCAAUGGCGACUCGCCCUGGUUCUCAUUGCCGUCUUCCCUGUGGUGGUUGCCGCCACGGUUCUUCAGAAAAUGUUCAUGAACGGCUUCUCCGGAGACUUGGAAGUCGCCCAUGCCAAGGCCACACAGAUUGCCGGCGAGGCUGUGUCCAACGUCCGCACGGUUGCGGCCUUCAAUUCAGAGGCGAAGAUCACCGAGCUCUUCGCGGCCAACCUGCAGAGCCCACUCCGCCGCUGCUUCUGGAAGGGUCAAAUAGCAGGGAGCGGCUUCGGCAUCGCCCAAUUCCUCCUCUAUGCUUCCUAUGCUCUCGGCCUGUGGUACGCCUCGUGGCUCGUCAAGCAUGGCAUCUCCGACUUCUCCAAGACCAUCCGCGUCUUCAUGGUCCUCAUGGUCUCAGCCAACGGCGCCGCAGAAGCCCUAACUCUCGCGCCUGACUUCAUCAAGGGUGGGCGUGCCAUGCGGUCCGCGUUCGAGCUUAUCGACCGCAAGACGGAGAUCGAGCCCGACGAUCUCGACGCCGCUCCUCUGCCAGACCGCCUCCGCGGCGAGGUCGAGUUCAAGCACGUCGAUUUUGCUUACCCAUCCUGCCCGGACAUGCCUGUGUUCCGCGACCUCACCCUGCGUGCUCGUGCCGGAAAGAUGCUCGCCCUCGUCGGCCCAAGCGGGUGCGGCAAAAGCACCGUAAUUUCAUUGAUCCAGCGGUUCUACGAGCCGACAUCGGGGCGCAUCCUCAUCGACGGGAAGGACAUACGGAAGUACAACCUGAAGGCACUGCGGCGGGUGAUCUCGGUGGUGCCGCAGGAGCCAUUCUUGUUCGCUGCAUCGAUCUUCGACAACAUCGCGUACGGGAGAGAGGCAGCAACGGAGGCGGAGGUGGUGGAGGCCGCGACAAUGGCGAAUGCGCACAAGUUCAUCUCGUCGUUGCCCGACGGGUACCGGACGUGGGUGGGAGAGCGCGGAGUGCAGCUGUCGGGCGGGCAGCGGCAGAGAAUAGCCAUCGCGAGGGUCCUGGUGAAGAAGGCGCCGAUCAUGCUGCUGGACGAGGCGACGAGCGCGUUGGACGCGGAGGCGGAGCGGAGCGUGCAGGAAGCGCUGGAGAGGUCCGGGGUGGGACGGACGACCAUCGUGGUGGCGCACCGGCUUGCGACGGUAAGGAACGCCCACGUGAUUGCGGUGAUCGACGACGGGAAGGUGGUGGAGCAGGGAUCCCACUCGCAUCUGCUCAACCACCACCCCGACGGGUGUUACGCACGGAUGCUGCAGCUGCAGCGCUUCUCCAACAAUGGCGUGCCACAGGGACCGUCGUCGAGCACUUGACAGAGAGUGACUCCAAGCAAAAAACAUCGAAACAAAGAUGGCAGUAUAACUCCAAUUACGUACUACUACUCUUUUUUUUUUUUGCUGUGUUUUCCUUUGUUUAAUCACUGUUUCCAUGAGGUAAACAGGAUUUGCCAUGUAAUUAUGUUAUUUUUAAUAGUAACUAAAAUUUUGUUUUAACA